AUGGCAGUCUCAUUCCUUAACUUCCUAUCAGGCCUCUUUGGUUGGGUCUACUUCUUCGCAUGGAGCGCGUCCUUUUACCCUCAGCCCUUGCUAAACUGGCGUCGUCGCUCCACUACCGGGACCACCGUCGAUUUCCCCUUGAUCAACGUCCUCGGCUUUGCUGCGUACUUUAGCUCAAAUGUAGCUUUCUACUACUCGCCAGAGAUCCGUGCCCAGUAUGCUGCGAGACACAAGGGCCUUGAAUCCACCGUGCAGUUUAACGACAUCACUUUUGCGCUCCAUGCGCUGGUCCUCUCCAUCAUCACAACCUCGCAGUACCUCUCACCUGCUCUGUGGGGGUUUGCUCCCAAUCAUGGAAACCGCCCCAGCCGCUUCAUCCUCGGGGUGUCAGCCGGUUGUAUUGCUGGGGUUCUGUGCACAUGGAUUAUUGUUUCUGCUUCGCCUGGAAACGAUGCUGUGUAUGACUGGGUCGCUCUCGAUAUCGUCUACGCUGUCGGCUAUGUCAAGCUCAUUAUCACUCUAAUCAAGUACACACCCCAGAUCAUCACCAACUACAAGAAUCAGAGCACCGAGGGCUGGAGCAUCUGGCAGAUUCUCUUUGACCUCACUGGUGGUGUCCUCAGUGUCAGCCAGCAGGCCAUCGACAGCUACCAGCUCGGUGACUGGAGCGGCAUCACUGGCAAUCCUGUUAAAUUUGCUUUGGGAAAUAUCAGCAUGAUCUUCGACUCCAUAUUUAUGGCCCAGCACUACGUUUGGUAUCGGGAUGCUGAGAACACGCAAUCCAACGAUCGCGAGAGUGAAAGCUUGUUGCAAGAUGAGGAGCGAAGAGCAUAA